GGUAGGUUUCACCAAAUUGUGCAAUAUGCUCCGGACAGUAAAAAGCGAUGGCACAACCUAGAACUUCCUUUUACAUCGGGGGCUGGGUACAGCAAUAGUUUUCAACAUUUACCCUUGACGUGCAGCGACACAUCACCUGUAUGAGAUGGCGUCAGAGGGCGAGAUCCAUGACCUAUCCGGUAUCAACAGGGAAUCUGUUAUACGAGACCUAGAGGAGAAAGGAUAUGCUGUGAUAUCAGAUGUUUGCAGUGCGCAGGACUGUGACACGUACAUAUCCCAGUACCGCGACUGGCUGUCCCAGUUUGAGGAAGAUGAUUGGCCAUUUCAAGUGGAAUCUGUCAUACAGAGUUAUGAUAUAAGUCAUUUUGCAAAUACCUGGAACUGCCGAUUAAAAGCCAAGCCAGUUUUUGCUAAAAUUUGGGAGACAGAGAAGCUACUUACAAGUUUCGAAGGAGUAUCUGUAUCAUUCCCACCUGAAACUGAAAGAUUUGGUAUUUAUGACUACGGGAAAGACUUGUUCCUUGCUGACCAAUCGCCACAAAGAAUUGGUCUCCAUGGUUACCAGGGUGCAAUGUUUCUGGAAGAGGCGUCAGAAACGGACUACUGCUUCCGGGUCCUGUCGGGGUCACAUAAACACUUCGAAACAUACUAUGAAGAAUUUGAAGACAAUGCCAGGAAGAGUACCAGAGACAAAUUCAAUAAAUUAGGGGAGGAUGAAAAGGCUUGGUUCAAAGAAAAAGGAUGCAUUGCCACCAAGGUUCCCGUCCCCAAAGGAGGAAUGGUCCUUUGGGAUUCGCGAACAGUAUAUGACAAUUGCAGACCAGUUAAAGGCCGCCCUAAUCCUGACAGGUGGCGCUUUGUGGUUCUUGUAUCCAUGACGCCUGCGCAGUGGGCUAACCCUGGUGACAUGGAAGCCAGAAAAAAGGCUUACAAGAAAAUCAUGACGACCGACAAUUUUCCGUCUCUGGGAGUCCAAGUUUUUGAAGCUUCCCAUCCUCCACAUUUCAGCGACAUUACAUCUCCUAUCGGCGACUGUCUUCCGGAAGUUGCUACGACAAAAGAGGCGAAGUUGUUGUCCGGAGUGGAGGAGUACGACUUCAACGACGGUGAACCCAACGGGCCUUCCUGGGAAAACGUCUGGAAGUAAAACACUCACCUCUAUACAGGGUGUCCUCUCACUAAACCAGAUUUAAAAGAUAAGGAUGGUUUGUUAUAACAAUAUUUACGGUAUAUUCGUGCGAUUAUAAAUGCGACUCUAGGGUUACAGUUUCGCAUAAAAAACGCAUUUAUCCUACGAAAACCCGAAUAGAUAUAUCUGUGAGCAUUUGUUAUACUAGUCUGUGCAAUCUGUGAACAAGAGUCACUAUGAACAACUGAUCUUAGAACGGUAUAAUACCUCUACUGACACGUAAUACCUCUAGCUCUGUCAUUCAGGGUGUUUCCGAUCGGGAAUAAAGGAAUAAGUCCACA